AUGUCCGACCACACCCUCUCCUUGAUACCGGUACUUUAUUAUGACGACCUCAGUCCACAAGCGCGCAGUUGUUGUAUGCUUAUCAAAGUGCUCGAUGUCGAUGUAGAACUAAAAUACAUCAAUCUCAUCAGUGGCGAACAUUUAGGUGAAGCAUACAGCAAGAUUAAUCCUUCGCGUACUGUGCCCACUUUAAUUGACGGCCCUGUGACUCUGUACGACGGGCAUACAAUAAUGAUUUAUUUAUGUGAUAAAUAUACUUUUCAACAUGGUCCACCCGUGAUGCCUAAAGACUAUUUAGGACGUCUAGAAAUUUUCAAUCUACUCUUCUUUGAAGCCUGCGUACUGCAUCGAUGUCAUAGUCAUUUAUUGACCGAUAUACUGCUGCAUAAAUAUCCGAAUUUUGAUGUCAACUACCACAAGGGCAAAAUCCUUGAUUGUUAUAGUGCCUUAAAUAGUUUCUUAACUGACCGUACUUUCUUAGCUGGUCAUCGCAUAACUAUAGCGGAUUUCUCUGCGGUCACUACGUUAAGUGUCUUAGAUUUGCUGCUACCAAUAGACAUGACGUAUUGGCCAAAUUUAAAAGUGUGGUUUGAGCGAUUAAAAAUGCUACCAUGGUAUAAAUUCAAUGCGGACGGCAUCGCUAAGCAACGCGAGAUUCUGGAAAUUGUGGGCAAAUUCCCUUUCCCGUCUCCUCUGCAACAAAGCACAGUUCUUAAGCGGAAAGUUUCAUUUCGAUGUGAUGUGGACUACAAGGAAAUAUUUGAUAAACAUCCAGAAAGGAAGAUCGGCGAAGAUGAGAAGAUUGAAAAACACGUGCAUUUCAAAAAUUGUCAGAACGCCGUUGAGUGUUCUCUUUCGCAAGUGGCGAACGAUUGUGAGCGAAACUCAUCGUCACUAUUGUCGCAAGGACAAUGUGGCGAUAAAAAACGAAUGAUGUCUGGUAUUUGA